GCUAUAAUUAACACCCACGUGAUGAGCAGAGAGUGGGGGGGGGGUCACCUCCGUAGGGGUCACUCGUCCUUCGGCCGCUGCCAUGAGCACUUGGGGGGCUGCCCCACGGCGAGGCCUCGCCGCCGCUGCCGGGGCCCACGGCGCGGGAGGAGGGCGGACGUGGCGGACGCUGUCGUUCGUGGUGGCUCUGCCGGGGGUGGCGGUUUGCAUGGCCAACGUGGGGCUCCAGCAGCGCAAACACCAACACGGGGCCCCCCCCUUCGUGCCGUACCACCACCUGCGCAUCCGCACCAAGCCGUUCCCGUGGGGUGAUGGGAACCACACUCUGUUCCACAACCCCCGGAUGAACCCUCUCCCCACGGGCUACGAGCACUGACGGGAGCGGCUCCGCUGCCCCACGGCGGCCUACGGCUGCCCCACAGCCACCAGAUCCUGCCCCACGGCCGAUGGAUUCUGCCCCACGGCGGACGGAUUCUGCCCCACGGUGACCGGAUCCUGAGCAUUGCGCCGACGGCUGCCCCAUAGCGGGCUGGGUCUGCCCCACAGCGGGCUGAUCCUGCCCCACGGCGGCCUACGGCUGACCCACAACAGGCUGAUUCUGACCCA